AUGGGGCUUUCGAAGAAGGAGCGAUACUCCUGGCUUGGGGCGGGGCUGAUGAGAGACCCCGGAAGCGGGAGAAGGAGCGGGGACAGCCAGGAGGAGGCGCACAGCGUUCGGGGAGGCAAAGGCAGUGCCCCUCCGCCGGGAGCCGGCGCGGCCUGUGACCACAGCGGGCCGCUGGCGCCCGGCGCGGCCACAGCGGGCUGGCGUUCAGAGGUGCAGAGCAUGGAUCCAGGGACCAAGGACACCGUGAUGUCAAGACCAAGCCGCUGGCCUGCAGGAGCUUACAUUCAAGGGGGAAGCAGAUGGUCUUCCUGUAUGAAAAUGAUAGUCCAUGUAAGGGGGCGCCCAUGUUCUGAGGCAAUGGCUGCAGAAGCACCCAGGAGGGAAGUGCCACCCGUCUCCAGCCGCUCUCAGGUGUCUGCAGAAUGCGAAGUUCCAGCAGCCCGGCCUCAGAGGAGCCAGCGGGGGUGGCAGACCAGAGGGCUCGAGAAGGAGACAAGCCCGUGGCCUCACGGGACCACAGCCCUGGAGUGGCAGUGGUCCCUCGGGCCCAACGGAGCAGACACAGCUGUGCAGAGUGGAUCAGUCUCAUUGGAAUUCCAGCCAUUUGAUGAUGAGGCACUCAAAAGAUAAAAUGUGUAUUAAAUGAAUGCAUGUAAAGUGUUUAUAAUAGUGCCUGGAACAGGUUAAGUGCCAUAUACUUGCUUACUGUUGUUAUUCCUGAGGAGCGUUUUACGAGCUCACUUAAAGAAUAAGGACUGACUGGUAGGAUACACCAAGUGGAAAGUACCAUGUCAACAGUGUGUUCAAUCUGUAUAAGCCAGCAAUUGCGUUAAAAAAAAAUGUACGUGAGGCGAAUGCGGCAAAAUCUCUCAACUAAUGAUGCAUAUGUGCUUGUAAAUGCCUGGGCUUUGCCGGAAGGAUCUGUGGCCAAGAUCUACUCACAGCUGCUGCCUCUGAGUAGGGAAACGACAAUCUAGAAGUGCUAGAUGGAACAGAAUUUCCCUUUGUGGAACAGAAAUUUCCUGUGUGCUGUACUCCCCUUUAUGCUGCUUGAAUGUUGCUUUACCAUGCACUCAUCUUAACUGUUUAAGUACACAUUGUGGAAAUGAACCAGCUCCAAAAUCUUUCGGUGUACAAGGUAUCUUUACUUUGGGUUCCAAAACUCUUCAGUCACCUUGCCCAGUGGAGUUUAAAAUUAGAAUCCUGUAUCCCCAGGGGAGACAGCUCAGAAAGGGCUGCUUUCAAAAUGAGGUUUAGAAGGUCCGGAAUGAGGUUCAGAAACCUUCAGCACCUGCUCGGAGGGAGCCCAGCAUCUAUUUUCAUAGGUCAUGAAAUCUGAGUGUGCCCAGCAAUAAUAGUAAUUCCUUGCACUUUUGUGGUGCGGGGUGGGGAGGUCACCCAGACUUUUGUCUGUGCUGUCCUGAUUGAGCUCUGUGCUCAACCAUUUGAUCAGGAGGAAAUGGAGCCCACAGAAAAACGCUCCCCGGCAAACUGUCCUAGGCAGCUUUGUUCUGUCUGGUUUAAUAAUUAUGAGAUAGAAGUCAGAAGAAAGAAGUGGAUGACCCUUUCGUAGGUGCUCAUUUAUAUAAAGUCCAGGAACAGGCAAAACAAAUCUCAGGUGAUAGAAGUCAGAUAGUCAUUAUUCUGGGUUGGGUGUGCUGCCUGGUGGGGCAGAGAGGGAGCCUUAUGGGGCUGCUAAUGUUCUAAAUCUUGAGCUGGGUAGUGUUGCCUAGGAAAGCAUAUAUGUAAACAUUCGUUGACCUGCCCAUUUGAAAUGCAUGCAUUCACUGCAUAUAAAUUACACUUCCAGUUAAAGAAAAUAGAAAGUAAAUAAAAUCUAUUAUCUGAAAACAGUGUUUGAGCAAAAGCAUUAACAAGCUAUAAUCAACAGUGGUACAUUAGGGAGCCCUACCACUUAAUCCUCGGCCACUGCAAAAGUCAAGCUGGACUUUGUGUUUCAUUUCUUGCUUGCUUUUAAAAUUCCCAAGUGCUUCUUUUUACAAUAGCCAAGAUAUGGAAGCAACCUAAGUGUGCAUC